CGUCAUGUUCGACCGUUUCAGAGCAAUUGUGUCGUGUCCAUGUGGAACAUGGACAAGCGGUGGCUGUUGGGCCAAAUGCAGUACUAAGGACUCCUGUGUUGCCUGGCAGGUCCAUCAGAACCGUUGCUAGCACGUUUGCUGUGUCACCCGGUACGGAACACUUGCAUCUCUUUUAUUGCUACUUCCAGGCUUUGGUUAUUGAUUAAAACACAGAGUUUCAUUGGACCCGAGGGGACUCGAACGCAGCACGAACGCAAGACCUGGCUUCAGUCAGUCUGUUCCAAUCAGCUGUUUCUGUUGCCACACGAGUCUGACUGCGAUGACCGUCCAGCCGACGCAGUCACUCGGGGGAGACGCUGUGCUUUGGAUCCUCGCGUCCGUCUUCUCGGCGGCUGCUCAGACCAGCGGUCAGUCCUCGUACGUCGCUGCGGUGUACGAGCACCGCCUGAUCUGGAACCCGGAGCCGCGCGUCCCGCUGUCCAGAACCGCUGCCCUGCGGCACGUGCAGCAGAACCUGGACGUCUACGAGAAGCAGGCGGCGCUGGCCGCCGAGCAGAAUGCUCAGAUCCUGGUGUUUCCUGAGGACGGCCUUCAGGGUAUCAACUUCAGCCGUUCGUCCAUCUAUAGCUACCUAGAAACGAUCCCCGAUCCCCAGCAGGACACCUGGAACCCGUGCACCGAGCCAGACAAACACAACAACACAGAGGUCCUGCAGAGGCUGAGCUGCAUAGCACGUCGUCACAACCUCUACGUCGUGGCCAACAUGGCCGACCUGCAGCCCUGCUCCCCGGGGAACGAACCCGCCUCCUGUCCCCCUGAUGGACGCUGGCAGUUCAACACCAACGUGGUUUUCAGUUCCAGCGGUCAGCUGGUGGCGCGCUACCAUAAGUACAACACGUACUUUGAGGAGGCCUUUGACUCACCCCAGCCUGAGCUUGUGACGUUUGACACGCCGUUUGCUGGGAGGUUCGGCCUCAUCAUCUGCUUCGACAUCCUGUUCCACGUGCCCACAGUUGCUUUGAUCGAACAGGGUGUGCGUCAGCUGAUCUUCACCGCGGCCUGGUACCCCAACCAGCUCCCUCUGCUGGCUGCCAUCCAGGUCCAGCAGGCGUUCAGCCUGGGGUCCAACGUCACGCUGCUGGCAGCCAACAUCCGCAGUGACCCGCUGGUCACCAGCGGGAGCGGCAUCUUCACGCCUUCUUCUGCCACGUAUCACCACGCCCGGAAGGGGGACCCAGAGAGGGGCAGGUUGCUGGUGGCCAGGGUGCCGGUCCUGGAGCCCCUGUGGACGGGACGGCGCGUGGACACGGAGUCCAGGGAUGAGUCCUCGCCGUUUAAGGCUGCAGACUCUGGGCACUGCCACCAGGACAACCAGUUAGACUCUUACUGCACUAAACCCCCGUCAGCAGAAGCUCCGGCCAGCGUUUCUUCCACCACCUUCGUUUCAGCCAUGAUGUACGACCCGUUUACAUUUGUCCUUCUGAACGACACAGAGGGCAGCCUGAGGGUGUGUGACGGCGCGUUUUGCUGUUACUUGUGGUACCGGCGGUUCCCACCAGCGACUGAUGGAGAACUCUAUGCACUGGGAGCAUUUGCUGGAACUCACACUAAGAACGGACGCUACGCCCUGCAGGUGUGUGCUCUGGUCCGCUGUGCCGGGUCGGACGCUGGUUCCUGCGGGAAGGAAGUUGAGGAAGCCGAGACCAAAAUGGACUUUCUAUUGGAAGGGAAGUUUGGAACCAGGUACGUGUACCCGUCGGUUCUGGUCAGCCAAAUGGUUCUGGAGCAGCCGGAGCAUCUGGAGAAAACUGGAGAUGGCAGAGUGACCAUGAAACACUCCAACACGGCUGGUGGCCUGGUCACUGCCUGUCUGUACGGACGGAUGUACCACCUGGACAAUGAAGGGACAUCCACACAGGGAGCUGAUGGACUUAGACAUGGAUCCUUUGAACCUGAAGUCACUGCAGAAGAUAUCCUGCCUUUGCACCAGUAGAGCUUCCAACUCAUUCACCUGGAAAAAAGUGUGACAUAGA